ACCAGCACAGUUCACUGAAGUGUCUGUCCAUCCUGUGUACUUCAGAGGAAAGAACUACUCUGUGUCCAGUGAAUAAUAAUUCCAUACAUUCAGAGGAAGAACAAUGGUUCCCAUUCUGCUUUUACUGCUGCUGCAUGAAUCGCUGGCUGAGCAAGUGUGUUUCAACAUUUCAGGUUUUAACAUGAGUAUUAAUUUUACUCCAGCCAAUGUGGACAUCCAUGAUCAUGUGAAUAAGACUGCACACUGCAAAAAACAGGGACUUUCUUGUGUUAUUCUCUGUGAAUCUCGCAACGGGACGUGGUUCAAUGAAUCACAUGUUUGCUUAGAAGCUGAGCUGACAACAUUUAGCACUUUUUCUGAGUAUAACAUAUACAACUAUAGCACUUGCAAAGACUUUGUAUGCGAAUACCUUCCCAUUUUAUCGCUGAUUCAGUCUCUGCAACAUGACCGUGCUGGCCAGAAAGACUUGAUGCAACUCAUCAGCAUAAGGGAAGCAUGUGAACAGCUCCUCAGCAGCGACGUUAAACUUAAGAAGGCGUUUUUAAGCGUGGAAAAACAUAUAAUUCAUGCCAUCAUGAACAGAACCAAGGUUGAGGCUGGAAGCUACGUAAACUUCGAUAUGAGGGCCUUGUCUCUGAAUGUGUUUAACAUCAGCGAGGCCGUCCUCAACUCUGCAGGAGCCGACUCCAGCAUCCACAUAGAAGCUCCACAGCUGCUGGCUGAAAACGAGACAUCUGUUGAGGUUUGGCUGCCUGUGUAUGCCCUUCUCAACAUCCCAGAGAUGAAGAGGAUUAUUGGUUUGGUCACCUACUUAGAGCACAGCCAGUUCCAAUUUCACCAGGAGGAGAUCGCAUCGAGGGUUCUCAGAAUAGAGCUACUGGAGGAACGACGCCUCCAUAAUCUGACUCAGCCCAUCAAAAUGAGUUUCGAAGUUACUAAAAUUGAUAGUGAGUCGCAGUUACUGUGUCACUACUUUGAUGAAGUUUCAGACUGGAGGUGGAAAACAGACGGAUGUGAGACUGACAACAGCACGUACAAUGACCAACAAGACAAAAAGAUCAUUUGCAGCUCUGAUCAUGCAACACCCUUUGCUGUCUUACUGAUCAGAGAAUCAAUUUCAAGUGUCCACUGGGAAAUACUGUCAUACAUCAGUUACAUAGGCUGUGGCCUGUCAGCCUUUUUCACUGCUUUGUCCCUUGUGAUAUAUGUGUUCAGUCGAAACCAUAAACUGGACUACUCCAUCUCUAUUCACGUGUCUCUGAGCGGAGCCUUGUUUCUGCUCAAUACAACCUUCCUGCUCACUGAGUGGGGGGCCACGGUGGAUCUAGACUGGGUGUGUGUGUUUAUUGCAGUGUCCCUGCAUUACUCCUUGCUCUGCUGUUUCACCUGGAUGGCCAUAGAGGCACUUCACCUCUAUCUACUGCUGAUAAAGGUGUUUAACACCUACUACAAACACUACAUGCUCAAACUGUCUCUUGCUGGAUGGGGGAUUCCUGGUGUAAUCGUGGCCGUUUCUUUGGGAGUGAAGAACUAUAAGCAGUUUUAUGGAGCUACGCAGAUGACCAUGACUGACACUAACCAAACUAACACUAUCUGCUGGAUCACAGAUGACUCCUUCUUCUACUCUUUGAACCUGGUAUACUUCAGCCUUAUAUUCAUCUUCAACACUGGCAUUUUGAUGGCUGUGGCCUCUAGCAUCUGCAAGAUGAAGCAAGUGUACAAGAGUAACUCGAAACUUGGAGCAGGUGCUAAGGGGAAGUCAUGGAGUGACUCUCAAAGGUUCAGUGCAUCCUGCAGGAGUGGCCUCACUCUGAUGGGUCUUACCUGCCUGAUGGGCACCACUUGGGGCCUGGCCUUCCUGGGCUCUGGAUAUGUCAACUACCCCAUCCUCUACCUUUUUUGCAUCCUCAACUCUGCACAAGGUUGCUUUAUCUUCUUGUGGAUCUGUUUGUCCGUCAAGAAGCAGAGGAAGAGGGAAAUGGAGGAUAAAAUGUCUUCAACUCCUGUGAGGACCUCAGGAACUAAAUCUGAGUAGAUCUUUUUUUCUGUAAUUAAUCUUGGCUGAACCCUCCUCUAACAAUCCCUGUCUACACAGAUACAUUAAGAACAAAUUCCAUAUGUAACCUCCCAAGAUGCUAGGUUGAAAAUUCCCUUCACUGAAAAUCCUCAAUGCAACUUUUAUCAGCAUUUUUUGUGUAACUCUGCAUUAUCUUCACAUAUACAUAAACCUCUUACUCAUAAAUAGAAAAUGUAGAAUGUUGUAGUGUUGUAUGUUUUUUUCUGAAUAAAGUUUUAACAAAUCAA